AUGACUGUGGGAUCCUACAGCACGCCAGUUAUCAACUUCUCAGCGUGCUAUCGUAAACGAGCUUGUUCGAUAGACCUCCCUCAUUCUACAGCGUGGCUAGAGCACCUUGAGCUAAGUGUACGUAGUGUAAUUAGCACGGACGGCAGCCGAAGAGGCCGAAAAGUGCAAUAUCAGGUGCAAGCCACUUACACGCCCCCAUGCUCCCAAGACCCCGAACUCGUCUGGACGGUCAGCAGGCCUUUUGAAGCCUACCGUCUCUUUCGCAAGCAGCUACUACAGAAGCUGCAACGUGGGCACGUAUGUCCUGCUGAGUGCAAGUGGAUCCACGCCGUGGUGAAGAACCACUUUCCAAAACCAAAUUUGCUGCCCAUCUACUCUUCACGUCUAGUUGAGGCGCGGCGUCUCGCUCUUACUCGACUACUGAGAAUGAUCCAGGCGUCACUAGUCAACCGAGGCAACCAAGGUUGCAACGUACUGGUACACAGCGUAUGUCAUGCGUUCACGACUUUUAUUGUCGGUGACAACAUCAAGCUGCCGGAUGCCAUCAUGACGAUGUGCGAGCGCGGCUCAGACCAGAGCACCCGGGAUUCAUCCACGUCCCUCAUGUCAGGAUGCAGUGACGAGGCGUCCAGUUCCGAGGACGUUUCACCCGAAGGUCGUCGCAAACACGAGAGUGGUAGGAGACACUGUCAGUCCGAAUCAGGGCAGUGA